CUUGGUUUUAGUAAAGUUUUGUAUAGUAGCGCUUUGAAUAUAAGAUGAAAGUGUAUCACAAACUACGAGCAAACAUGUGUUGAGAAGUUUUUGAUGUUUUCACUUUCAGAAGAAGACAAUGUUGCGGAGGAAAAAGAAAUCGAUUCUUCAUUCAUCUGAAGCCAAAAUUACACAGAAAGAAUCUCAAAUAGCAAAAAUUCCGUUAGGUAGCAAAAGAAAAGGGAAGGACGCAGAAGAAGCCCAUUUAGAGAAACUUGUACUUGGUGGAGACAACGACGUCAUACAUACUUUGCAAGAGGCAUCAGAAAAGGCACAACAUGAAUCGCAGACUAAAAAGAAGAAAAUUCCAUCAAACCAGAAAACGCCAGCAUGGCAGGAUGACGACGAUGUUAGAGGAAGCAUAAAGAUAACAAAAGAGAGAAGAUUUGAUUCAAUCAGAAGAAGAGACGAAAGAAAGAUGAAAGUCGAUCAGUAUACUUCCAGACUCAAGAACGAGUUUGAAAAAGUCUCCUCUGUUCCAAAUUGGGCAAAGUUACCAUCAGAGAAAACCCAGUCUUCAGAUGAUGACAGUGAUGUAGAUGAUUUACUUCAGAAGACAGGGAAUUAUCUAGCAACGUCCUCCGCACUACCUAGAGGCCUCAUAGACCUCAAACAAUGCACGGACGCCAACAAGGAGCAGCCCUCCGAGAGCAAGUUAAAGUCCGUCGAGUUUCAUCCGACAGCUCAAGUGAUUCUAACUGCUGGGAUGAACUGCACUUUGAAUCUAUUUCAGGUGGAUGGUAAACAAAACCCUAAAAUCCAAAGCGUGUUUAUUGAUGGGUUUCCAAUCCACACCGCACACUUCAGCACGGAGGGGCACGAAGUGAUAAUGGGAUCUAGAUACAAAAACAUUCAGUAUUACGACAUGAUGGCUGGAAAAAUUGUCAAUGUUCCCAAGAUUAAAGGACUUGAAGAGAAAAUGAUGAAAAAGUUUAAGGUAUCACCGGACGGGAGAUUUCUGGUGUUUCUUGGAAAGACUGGAGGAAUGCAUCUUUUGUCUGCAAAAUCCAAAGAGUGGAUUCACACCCUGCAGAUGAAUGGGGAAGUAAAGGAUGUGGCAUUUUCUCAAGAUGGACAUCUUAUGUACUCACAUGGAGUUGAGGGUGAUGUGUAUGUAUGGGAUCUUGAUAGACGGGACUGUAUACACCGUUUCUAUGAUGAUGGCUGUACACAUGGAACGUCUAUUGCAAUUUCUCCAAAUGGCCAAUACUUGGCCUGUGGGUCGUACAGUGGCGUAGUCAAUAUUUACGACUCUGGAUCCAUACUAAACUCGAGAUCACCUAAACCAGUGAAAGCCGUCAUGAACCUCACUACGCCUUGUACAAAUGCUGUGUUCAACUCCUCCUCAGAAAUUUUGGCCAUAUCUUCCAAUUAUGCAGAAAAAGCCGUCAAACUUGUCCACGCCCCCUCUAUGACGGUUUUUUCAAACUUCCCGGAGCGGAAAGUGGACAGUUUACGGAUACCUACCUGUAUGGACUUCUCCCUGAAUGGUGGUUAUUUCUCCAUAGGCACACAUAGGGGGUGUGCUCUCCUCUACAGAGUAAAGCAUUAUGGGAACUACUGAUGUUUGGUGACAUCUCGAGGUGGAAAGUUUUCCACGGCAUUUACAGGAGGGUCCAAAUGAAGACGCAAAAUAAAUUUACUUCUACCAGUGGCCUGAUCCAUGGACUUUAAACCAUAUCAAUGGUGAAUUUUCUUGUGACAUCAUAAAACUUCAUUCACACAUCACAAAAUCAUGUGCAUUGUGAAGAGAUCUUCAAGAUGUCUAGAAUGUUGUUCAGGUUUUUAAGUAAAAUCUUUACGUAGUGAAUGACAUUACGUGUUGCUGUGUAGGACACAGUCUAUGGGCUUAAUUAUGUUAUACUGUUAUCCAUGUUUUUAAGAAUAAACUCAAUGUAUGAAUAUA